AUGGCCAAUUUCUUUGAUCUAAAGGCCCGCAAAGCCGCUGCUGCUGCUUCUGCCACAGGAGAGGGUUCUUCCAAAUCUGCUGGCCCAAAAGUCGACAAUCGCUUGCAACCAUGGGUCGAGAAAUAUCGCCCCAAGUCGCUCGACGAUGUCUCUUCGCAAGAACAUACAGUUGAUGUGCUCCGCCGUACCCUCCAGUCCGCCAAUCUCCCACACAUGCUUUUCUAUGGUCCUCCUGGUACCGGCAAGACCUCGACCGUCCUCGCUCUUGCCAAACAGCUUUAUGGCCCUGAACUCAUCAAGACCCGUGUCCUCGAGCUCAAUGCUUCAGACGAACGUGGCAUCAGCAUUGUCCGCGAGAAGGUCAAGGACUUUGCUCGCAUGCAAUUAUCAAAUCCUCCUUCUGGUCCCGCAGGCGAAGAGUACCGCAAAAAGUAUCCCUGCCCGCCCUAUAAGAUCAUCAUCCUCGACGAAGCAGACUCCAUGACACAGGAUGCUCAGUCCGCUCUGCGUCGCACAAUGGAAACCUACAGCAAGAUCACUCGCUUCUGCCUCAUCUGCAACUAUGUCACACGCAUCAUCGACCCUCUAGCCAGUAGAUGCAGCAAGUUCAGAUUCAAGAGUUUGGAUGGUGGAAAUGCUCGCAAGAGAUUGAAAAACAUUGCCGCCAUGGAGAAGGUCAAGCUUGAUGAUGGAGUUGUCGAUACUCUGAUCCGCUGCGCUGAGGGCGAUCUGCGAAAAGCCAUCACUUUCCUGCAGUCAGCUGCUCGUCUGGCUGGUGCAGAACAAUCAAAACCCGACGACGAUGCCAUGGACGUUGAUGAUCAAGUCACGGCUGGUUCGGUUUCUGUACGGAGUGUCGAAGAGAUUGCUGGUGUCGUUCCUGAUCGCACUGUCUCCCGCCUCGUCCAAGCCUUGCAGCCCAACACUCGAGCUUCGGUUUAUGAUGCCAUCUCUCGUGUAGUUCAAGACCUAAUCGCUGAAGGCUGGAGCGCCACACAGCUAGUGUCACAACUGUACGAGCAGAUCCUCAUGGACGACUCUAUCGACAACCCCAAGAAGAAUCGCAUUGUCAUGUCCUUUUCACAGACCGACAAGAGAUUGAUUGACGGAAGUGACGAGCACCUCACUAUUCUUGAUCUGAGUCUGCAGAUUGCCAGCGCUCUAGCUGGAAGCUGA